GCACACGAUCUGACAUCUCCACCCACACAACUAUGGCACACAACACACAAUGAUCACAUAACCUCAGUUUGAGAUAUGUAAACAAACUAAAUAACGAGUCAUGAUUUAACAUAGCGUGGAAGUUAAAGUCAAGGAAUAAAUAUGUUCUGUAACGGAAUCGUUAGAUUGAAUCAAAAAGGCUAUGUAUUCCUUUUCCUAGUUUUCCUAAUAAUGGUUUAUUAUCACUUUACUAAUGGCUUUAAACGUGAUGAUAAUAGUAGAAUAAAUCUCUCUUCCUUAUUACAAACAGCAAUACUUGCUGCUGAAGUUGGUGGUCAGUUUGUGGUACAAGUAAGAAAUAAUCCAGAAGUUCAUUACAAAGGAAAAACAAAAGAAGGUUUAGAUGACAGCGUUACAAAUGCAGAUUUUCUUUCGCACUGUGCCAUGGUGAAAAUAUUGACAGGCAAAUUUCCCACAGUAAAAUUUAUUUCAGAAGAAAAAAAUAUACCAUGCGAUAUUAAGCAGAAGAUACCAAAUCAUGAUAUUCCAAUUAACUUAUCAAAUAAGUUUGCCAAUAGUAAUGAUGUGACUAUUUGGAUUGAUCCACUGGAUGCUACACAUGAAUAUACUGAAAAACUAUUUAAAUAUGUUACAACAAUGGUGUGCAUAGCUGUUAAGGGAGAACCUAUUAUAGGGAUAAUACAUAACCCGUUCGAGAAUACAACUUCUUGGGCGAUGGUAGGAGGAGGAACCUCAGAUGACUUAAAAAAUCCAAAACCCGUAAUGGAAGACGGUAAGGUAAAAUUUAUUAUAUCAAGAUCACACCGAGGUACAGUAGAACAGGCAUUGGAGAAAAACUUUAAAAACUAUGAAGUGGUUAUUGCAGCUGGAGCAGGAUACAAAGUACUUAAAGUAGCUAAAGGAGAGGUUGAUGCUUACAUUCAUAUAACGGCCAUUAAGAAAUGGGAUAUUUGUGCUGGGAAUGCUAUUUUAAGGGCUCUGGGUGGUCAAAUGACAACCAAAGAUGGGCAAUUGCUGACUUACCUGGAUGAUACGGAUGUUGUCAAUAAAGAUGGGCUUAUAGCUACAUUAAAAUAUCACGAUUUCUUUACUAAUAAACUGUAAUAUUUUAAGAGAAUAAAGAGUAAAGAGAUGUUAUCGAA